GUUGAAAAAUGGCGACCAGACCGUAAAGUUACGUUAAAGUAGAAACGUAAUUUAUACUGUAUUUUCUCACAAUAAUCAACUGAAAGUUGGCGAAAAACAACCACGCUAUGAGUUCUAUUCAUUUCGUAGUUCACCCUCUGCCGGGAACGGAAGAGCAGUUAAACGAGAGAUUGAAGGAGGUUGCUGAGAGGAUCAGUCACCAUGGUUACAACAGCCCCCCUGCAUUGAGCACGCUCUGGAACAGCCGUGUGACACAGGUGGCCGUGGGGCCAAGUCAUGUGGCCUUCUUGCUGGAAGAUGGCCGAGUGUGUCGUUUACCAUUCAGUAUCCUAUCAGAACGGUUGGACCUGAGCAAGUCCGACCAGAAAGCACGCUGGGGAGCCAUGAACAACACGCCCUCCAGCUCGCGGGGGACCACAGGACAGGCGGCAGGGAGCAGUCUGACUCGUGCCCCUCCACGCCCCCACGGCCGUGUGGUGAGAGCAGCAGGGCGCGGCAGAGGAGGGGUCAUAGUGGGGUCAAGGCCACUGGUCCCGGCCAGUGUGGUGCCAGAGGACUUGAUUAACCAGUGCCAGGUUGUGCUGCAAGGAAAGUCUAGAAACUUAAUUAUCAGAGAACUACAGAGAACAAAUCUAGAUGUCAAUUUGGCUGUCAACAAUCUUCUGAGCCGUGAUGAUGAAGGUGACGAGAAUGAUGAAGAUAGCCAGGAUUCCUAUAUGCAAGAUGACCUGAUAUCGCUGCUUGAUGCCGGCAUCCAUGCUGACCACCCUGGUUACAUUAUAGACGCAGACGCCAUGUUUAACGAGGACAUGUUUGGCUACUCUAGCUUGAGGUCACGUCCAAACAGAGGGCGGGGUACCACAACUGACAGAGACAGCACUCUGGAGAGAGAACGCGAGUCCAUGUUUCGACUGCGAGACCGGCGUUGGCUAGACAGCGCACUCCGUGAUGAAAACGCCCUACGAAGUCUGGACCGCGACCGUACGGAAGGCCUUCUGGGGAACGAACCACUGAAUAAAAAGAAGACCAACCCAUCUCAGAACCCCAUGUGUUUUGGAGAGGAGUUACAGUUCUGGAGUGUUAGGGACGGGCCUACCCCCAAGUUUAUCCAGAUAGCCAGCAUGCACAGUGAGCUGGUGGCAUUGAGCUCUACAGGUCAGCUGUUCCAGUGGAGGUGGAUGGACAUGGAGCCUUUCUACUGUGCUGAGAGCCCCUACCUUCACCACCCUAAGACAUCACAGCUAGGCCUGGUGUCAGAGAAAAUCAUAGGACUGGCAACAUGUAGUGUGAGAGCCUCUCUCUUCACAGAGUCUGGGAAGGUGGCCACAUUUGUUGAUGAUUCACUGGGGAUAGUGGCAGCCAAGUUGGAACAUGCUGCCCAGAGCUUUGCCGAAUUCACCUCAGACAAAAUUGUAUCGCUCCACGCCUGCUCCCUGUAUACGUGUGCCAGACUGGAGAGUGGGGCCCUCUAUUGGUGGGGAGUGAUGCCUUUCGGCCAAAGAAAGAAACUGAUCGAGAAAGCAAGAGCCAAGACCAAGAAAUCCAAGCACAGUGCAUCCACAGCCUCUGACAUACAGUGUGGAAGUCAGGUCUGUCUGCGCAGCUGUCCCAUGUACCACACAGGUGCCUUGGCCUUCACCACGGUGGGUGGGGUACCCAAGGUCGGGCAGCUGAUGGAGAGUGCUUGGACUCUCAAUGAUAGCUGCAGAUUUAAGAUCAAAACCAUUGUCAGUGAGCCAAGAGUUGAGCUGAGACAGGAGAGUAAGAGUAUGUCAUGUGAGAGUAAACCUGACAUGCCACCACCCCCAUCUCCAGCCUCCUCGACAUGCAGUGAUCAGAGCGGACCCACCUUACGGAGCCCUGGCACUCUCAAGCGCAAGAAACAGCAGACACCAGUGAAAGAACUGAUAGAGAACAAGAACGACGAGGAGGAGUGGGCAUUGAAGGACGUCAGCUUCGUGGAAGAUGUCAAGACAGUGCCCAUGGGGCGCGUGCUCAAGGUGGACGGCGUGUACGUGGCAGUGAAGUUCAACAACAAGGAAGGAGAGGCCAAGGAAGACUCGGCAGUGCUGCUACAGGACUGUAGACUGAUGAGGAAGGAUGAGUUGAUGGUGAUCAAGGGCAGCAAUGCCCCCAGGAUCCCAGACUGCUUCCAGAAGGUCCCCAAGAAGGUGAUGGUGCCAGACAGUGGACAGAUACUGGCCAUUACAGUGGACUGUCAUGGUAUCCACAUGGUGGCACGUACAGGUAACAAGAUGAAGUACAUGGUCUAUAACCUGAGUACUGGAAAGAUAGACCAGGACCGUCUCUUUCCCACACAUACUACUGCCUUCACUGGGAAGAGUGAGAGGAAUAUAGCUCUGAUUAAUGCAGGAGAGGACACACCGGUGGUGCUUCAGGACGGUAACGGUGCCCUGUACCCCCUGGUAAAGAACUGUGCUGAGGGUAUCCGUGACCCUCUCUGGCUUGACCUACCCCCCAUGUCUGGCCUGGGGAUGGGGGUACAGGGGCUCCAUAAUGUGGGACUGAAUGCCAAGAACAGGGCUGUGGUCAUCGUAGUGGCCUUGGAGAACCAGCUGCUGAUCCCAGCCAUACUGAGGUGUGACAGUGACAGAGUGAAGGCAGUCCUCACUUCAGCUGAGCAAGAAACAAAUGGCAGCACCAAACAAAAGCUGAUCCAGGAUCUUCUUGGAGAGCGUUGUGAUGGCAACAAGAACAUCCUCCACACCACUGUGGCCGCCUGUGCUCCCACCUCAAACAAGGAAGAGAAUGAUCCAAAUUCUGUCACCACAGCAACUCCAUCAGCUCUGAGCUCUGCCAUAGAGGCUAUCAAUGCUGUGAGCAGCGCUGUGGAUGCUCUGACAUCUAUACACAACCGAGGCAGUGGCAGUGAAACUGCUGACAGGCUGGCCGCUAGAAGUGUCAGUCUACGUGAGAUGAUGCGUCGCGCGACGUCUGCCGCCAGAGCCUUCAGUAACAUGGAUCCCAGGGAGCAGAGUGGGGAGAGAGAAGAGCCACCCCCGGGGCUACCUAUCCCUACCCUCAGCUGGCCGCCAGACCCCCAGGAGUUCACCCCUCUAAGAGCAG